AUGUCUUACGACAGCAUUUUCAGUCCCAUACGCAAACGACGCAAAAGCAGCAACAAAAGCUCGCCCCCAAGACCCCAAAAUGCAUGGCUGCUGUUUAGACGCGAUUUUGAAUGCCGAGUACGCUCUCAACGUCCUAACGAGCUGCAUACUCUCAACAAAAUUUCCAAGACAGCCGCCGAAAGUUGGAAAAUUCAACCAGAAAAAGUUAAACAAUAUUUUAACGUUCUCUCGAAACUAGCUUCAUACAAACACAAGGCUAUGUAUCCGGAAUACGUCUAUAACCCGAAAAAAUUCAAGAAUGGUGAAAACUUUAUAUUUAAGCAUAUAAACAAGGACAAAAUUGUGAAAAGUCGCAACAGUAAAGCAAGCUUAUUUAAUAAGGCGAAGGCAAGCAGUUCGAACACUGUUGAUUACAGUAGCGUUAUCAGUAAUGAAGAUUGUCCCAAAAAUGACGAGCAAUCUAUUUUACAAAAUCCGAGUCCUAUCAUCGACAUUCCGGAAGUUUUCAUGUUUUUUCCAAAUUUUAUUCACACUUCUCCUUCCUUUCCCCAAUGUCAAUUCUAUUAUAAUCUUAAUAACAAUGACAUAACUGAUAACGAGCAGAUUGGUUAUAUGGAUUAUGAGUUUGGAGACAUUAUUUACGUGUGUGAUGAAACAGGUUGGCAGAUUUGA